CUAAUUAACUCAAUAAAAUUAGGGAGUUGGCAAGCAAAACCGGAAAGCAGUAUUUCAAAGUAGGCCACCAGAAGUCAAAAACUAGUAAUAGUGAUUAGGGAAUCACUGGCAAUGUCGUUUAUUUUAAGGGCCUGUUGUUGUAUUCAAAUAUCUAUGUAGGAAUAUUCAUAUUGUUGAAGGAAAAAUUGCUUAAUUAAAAAACUGCCAUGAGAUCAAGUAUAAAUACCCCCGUAACUACAUCAUUUAGUUCAAGUAAUCAAGGUUCACUAUAAAAACAGUCUAGUAAUUCAUCAGCAAAUCAGUUAUCAUUUAUACUCAACAACAAAUCAAGAUACUUACUUUCUAUUAAAAAAAAAAAAACCCUUCAACCAAAUCAAGUAGAAGAAGAAGAGAUGUCUAGCACAGUCGGGCAGGUCAUUCGUUGCAAAGCUGCUGUUGCAUGGGAAGCAGGGAAGCCUUUAGUCAUCGAAGAAGUGGAGGUGGCACCUCCUCAAAAAAUGGAAGUUCGUCUCAAGAUUCUCUUCACUUCCCUUUGCCACACUGAUGUUUACUUCUGGGAAGCCAAGGGCCAAAAUCCCGUCUUUCCACGAAUUCUAGGCCAUGAAGCUGCAGGGAUUGUGGAGAGUGUGGGAGAAGGUGUGACAGAACUUGAGGCAGGGGAUCAUGUUCUCCCUGUUUUUACAGGGGAAUGCAAAGAAUGUGCUCACUGCAAAUCAGAAGAAAGCAAUAUGUGCGACCUGUUGAGGAUCAAUACGGACAGGGGCGUAAUGCUUAGUGAUGGUAAAUCCAGAUUCUCCAAAAAUGGACAGCCAAUUUACCAUUUUGUGGGCACAUCCACAUUUAGUGAAUACUCUGUUGUCCAUGUUGGUUGUGUUGCCAAAGUCAAUCCCCUUGCUCCUCUUGAUAAAGUUUGUGUUCUCAGUUGUGGAAUCUCCACAGGCCUCGGCGCCACAUUGAAUGUUGCUAAACCGAAAAAGGGCUCAUCGGUGGCUGUCUUUGGUUUGGGAGCUGUUGGCCUUGCUGCUGCAGAAGGGGCAAGAUUAGCUGGUGCUUCAAGGAUAAUAGGUGUUGAUUUGAAUCCUGCAAGGUUUGAGGAAGCAAAGAAGUUUGGGGUGAAUGAAUUUGUGAAUCCGAAAGACUACGAUAAGCCAGUUCAAGAGGUGAUUGUUGAGAUGACUAAUGGAGGGGUGGAUCGGAGUGUGGAGUGCACCGGAAACAUUAACGCCAUGAUCUCGGCUUUCGAAUGCGUCCACGACGGAUGGGGAGUGGCUGUUCUGGUUGGGGUGCCACAUAAAGAAGCAGUCUUCAAGACACAUCCUGUGAAUUUCCUGACUGAGAGGACUCUCAAGGGUACCUUCUUUGGAAAUUAUAAGCCUCGUUCUGACCUGCCCUCUGUUGUAGAGAAGUACAUGAACAAGGAACUGGAAUUGGAAAAGUUUAUCACUCAUGAAGUAUCAUUCUCGGAGAUUAACAAGGCAUUUGAGUUCAUGCUUAAAGGAGAAGGCCUCCGUUGCCUAAUUCGGAUGGAGUGAAUGAGUGAUGAAUUUGCAUUUCUUUCAUAAUAAAAAUGUUGUGAUUUAAUCUUCUUGAACUUGUGCACCAAAUGGCUCCGGCCCAGUGGCUCCGUAUAUUGUGUAGUGUUAUUCUGGUCAUCUUGGUUAGGAGGAGAUUUCUCCUUCCGUGUAAAAUUGGCCAGAAUUAUCUUUCCUGAGAGUGAAUAAUGUAUCAUGAUUUUUAUACAAUGGAAAAGUGGAUCUUUUAUCUAAAUCCAAAAAUAAAAAGUAAAGAAAAGAAGAGUGGGUCAUUUUAGUGGCAGGCACUUGGUCU